CAGAUAGAAUGUGUGUUUUCUCUGAAUUACGUCCAAAAAAAAUGUUCUUAUGUCGUAGGCGGCAAAUUUUUUCUUUCCAUUUACUUGGAUUGACAUUGUUAGAAACGGAUUCAUAUUCACGCCUACAACCAUCAAUGUCUAAGUUUAGUUGACAUACAUCUGUAUUCUAUUUUUAAAUUAUUUUCAGAGAUGAAUAAUUUAUGGUGAUUAUAACUGAAAACAAAUCUUCUUCGAAGUCUGUUCAACGAUUCUGUGUUUUGUUUUGUGUAUUCAAUUCUUGUUUCAUCCACUGCUAUUAUUGUUGUUGUUUCAGAAUCAUGUCGGAACCAUUGGAAAUGAGUCAAGCUCGUAAUGUUUACACCCGUGAACGUGAACAUUUUCGACGAGAAUUAUUGAAUACAUUACGCCAAUAUGAAUCGCGGCCAAUAUCGUUUGAAAUUAAACAACAUCUACGAAUGCGUGCCAUGGAUUUGAAACCCGAAUGUCUGGAACGUUAUCGUCGUGAUACGGAAAAGAUUGCCUGUAAUCAAUUGCCCAUCAUUGGUAAUUCAUUAAGAAUCCGUUCAAUGUGUAGCAGUGAAUUGCCGCAUACAAGCCGUAAUCGUUCAUCAACAUUUCGAACUGCUCGUAUGAUACGAGAUGAUGAAGAUGAUGAUGAUGGUAUUCUUGAUUUCCGAUCAUCAUAUACAUCAUCAUUGCGGCAAGCAUUACCACGAAAUAAAUUAACUUAUGAAAGUACCCGUCGUGCAACAACAAAUUCACAUGUAUUAUCAUUCGAACGUCAACUAAUCGAUGAAAUGGAUAAAAUGAUCGAUUCAAUUGACCAUCUUCGAGAGAAUAAUCGCCAAGAAUGGCUACGACCAUUGAAAACGGAUCGUCAACGACAAUAUUUUAAUUCAUUAUAUGAUGAUGUUGGUUAUUCAUUGCCAUUAUAUAAUCGUUCAGAUUUAUUAAUGGCCACAACAAAUGAUAAUCAAUCAUGGCGUUGGCAAUUUGAACAUGAUAAAGAUGAUGACCAUAAAACAGAAGUCGAAAGAUUUUAUGAUAAAUAUUUAUCCACAUCAAAAUAUUUGAAUAAUAAUAAUAAACUUGCUGAUGCUGAUGAUAAUUAUAAAUCGGCAAGAAUAACAACAACGUCAUUGGCGACAAAUAAUGCUACUAACAGCAUUAAUAAUGCUGAUGAUGAUGAUCGUUUUAAAACAUUUCAAAAAUCUUCAUCAUCAGUAACAAUGAGAACAACGAAGCAAACCAUUCUUGAUGAUUUCUUACAAGAAUGAUUGAAGGAAGGAAGGCAUAAAAUGAAAAUGGAAAAAACAUUGGCAUCGGUUUCGAGAAAUCGUCAUCAAAUAUUUUUCAACAACGAAACAAAAAAUUCUUGUUUACUAUAUAUACUAUAUACAGUCAAAUUGUUGAUGUGAUUCGAAUGAAAAUAUGUGAAAAGCGUCGUUUAAUGUAGUAAAAUCAAUGACGACACCGCUAAUGUUGUUUAAAUUUUAGACAAAUGAUUUUUUUUUUUUUUUGAAUGUAAAAUAACACAUUAUCGUCAACUAGAGAAGAAAACAUUCACUUGAUGGAAUGGCACCAUCCAUUUCGAAUGAUUCCGUUCAUUUCAUUGAUGGCAUUCAUCCAUUUAUCAUCAUCAUUUCACCUCACAGCACACAUAAUAUUCUAACCAAAUUAACAUCAUCAUCAUCAUCAUCAUCAUCAUCAACAGUU